AUCAAAAUGGCGGCAGAUCGUGAAUGAAAACCGAGGGUUAAAAGUAGUAGGUCUGUUUGCAGACUGGUACUCUUUGCCAUGAAGCUGCUUAAGCCGGCCUGGAUUUCUCAUGAUGGCAAACCCAUAUUUUCUAUUGACAUUCACCCAGACAGAUCAAGAGUUGCUACUGGGGGUCAAGGGGAAGACAGUGGAGGGAAGAUUGUCAUCUGGAACAUGGCUCCUGUCAGAGAUGAAAAGUCAGAAAAAGAUGAAAGUGUACCUAAGAUGCUUUGUCAGAUGGAUAAUCAUCUAGCAUGUGUCAACUGUGUGCGUUGGUCAAACAAUGGCCGCUACCUUGCUUCAGGUAGUGAUGAUAAAUUGGUCAUGAUCUGGCAAACCAGCAGAUAUGCAGGUCCUUCUACAGUGUUUGGCUCUACAGGAACUGUCACCAAUGUGGAGCAGUGGAGAUGUGUAUUUACAUUGCGCGGUCACUCUGGAGAUGUUCUAGACCUUGCCUGGUCACCCCAUGAUGUCUGGCUGGCCACCUGUAGUAUAGAUAAUACUAUUGUGGUCUGGAAUGCACAGAAGUUUCCAGAACAAGUAGCUGUAUUGAAUGGCCACAGGAGUCUUGUUAAGGGAGUGACAUGGGACCCAGUGGGAACCUACUUAGCUUCCCAGUCUGAUGACAAAACCAUCCGGGUUUGGAGAACAUCAGAUUGGCAGCAAGAAAAAGCAAUCACAGAACCUUUUGAAGAAUGUGGUGGUACCACCCAUGUUUUGCGUCUGGGUUGGUCCCCCGAUGGCUUCUAUGUGGUCUCUGCCCAUGCUAUGAACAACUCUGGACCAACAGCACAGAUUAUAGAGAGGGAUGGAUGGAAAACUAACAUGGACUUUGUUGGCCACAGAAAAGCUGUUACUGUAGUGCGAUUCAAUCCUAAUUUAUUUUCAAAAAAGAUUUCUGAAGGUGCUGAUAAGCCCCAGCAGUAUUCAUGUUGUGCAAUAGGCAGUAGAGAUCGGUCAAUAUCUAUUUGGUUAACCGCAUUGAAAAGGCCACUGGUGGUUACCCAUGAUCUGUUCAACAGUUCCAUUUUAGAUAUAACUUGGGACAAGACUGGGUUUGAGUGUAUGUGCUGUUCUUGGGAUGGGACAGUAGCUUACCUGGAGUUCUCACCUGAGGAAAUAGGCACUCCAUUAACACCUGAUGAAAAGAUGCAGGUAUUAGAAAAAGUCUAUGGAAAGACAUUUGCCUCAGCCCCCAACGGGAAUUGUGUUGCCAAUCAGAUAAUAGAGACUGCUGCCAUGUUAGAAUUACGGCAAAAGCAGACAGAGGAAAGGGAUAAACAGAAAACACCAGGUAGUGCUGCCACUCCAGCAACCCCAGUGGCCAAUGGAGGCACACCAGCAGGAACACCUGUCAAGGUUCUUAAUAAUAAGCAGAUUGAAACUAAAACUGCAGACGGCAGGAGACGAAUUACACCCAUCUUCCUCGCUGCAGCUGCAGAUAUUGCAGGUGAUGACCCAAUACCAUUCGGUCAAAAGGAACCCACAUUUACAAGCUCUGAAACGCCAAGCACAAUAGUUGUAGAGAAGAGAAAUGAGGUGACUGGUCCUGUGAGGAAGUCUCCAUACUCUGACAACUCUAGGUCACAGUCAGUUGUAGAUGCCUCUGGUGCCAAAGUACCCACCACCCCAGGGGCAGCCAGUAAUAAGCCACAUACUCCUUCAGCUGUCAUCAGUCCCAUUACACCAAUCAAGCCAAUGUCAUUACAAGAGGCAAGAAUAGAGGCAUUAAAGAAACCAGGAUCUGCAACUUCACAUGAAAAACACAAAGAUAAGGAACGAAAAGAAAAGGACAAACCUAACAAAAUAUCGGUGAAAAGGAAGCUGGAUGCAGGUGGAAGUCAGAAGAGACCCAGGAAGGAGAAAGAAAUCCACAGGGCUUCUGCAACUGCGACUGUAUUACACACUCCAACAGCCCCUGCUGUGGGUGCCACAGAAACUAGGGUUAUAUACUCUACCUCAGGACUUCAGCUGCCUGUUCCUAAAGUGGAGAAGUCAGCUAGUGUGCAGAUUGGGGGCAGUGUUGGCAGUGACGACCAGUUAGUGCUGGUUCUGGAAAAUGAAGUAGUUGGUGGUCCCAGUAAUCUCCACAGAGUAAAGUGUCUAAAAGGUGGCCAGCAGCAGUGGGAGAGUGUGCUGGCUAGCAAAGGAGUGGUCAUUGCAGGAAAUAGUAAUGUAUGUUGCUGUGCUUGUGAAGACAGCAGUCUCCAUAUUUAUUCCCCGGCUGGCCGAAAGCUGUGUCCCUCUAUGAUGUUGCACUCGCAGCUCUCUAUACUACAUGUCAUAGGGUAUUAUGUAAUGGCUGUCACUUCACAGGGGGGUCUGUAUGUAUGGAAUGUUCAAAGCAUGACAGCUGUGAUAAAAAAUGAAUCUGUCAUAUCAAUAAUACCAGGUAAUAAUGUCCAGAUAGAAAGUUCCAUGUUGACAGCCCAGGGUAUCCCAGUGAUCUCACUGUCGACAGGGAAAGCUUACACCUUCAAGCCAGACAUGGGGGCAUGGGUCCAGCUUGCAUCCAGUGGUGACCCUCUGGCCAGCUGCUCUGACCAUCAUUCUUGUAUACCAAAGGAGGGUGGACACAAAAUGACUGGGCCACUGUCAGCACUUCAGCUGAAGAAACAAAGAGCCAGUCAGCAAGCAGGUCAGCUGUUUAGGACAGGACAUGUGGCCCAACAAGCUUCCACUAUGACACAUCUGGAGAACCAAGUUGCAGCAGCAUUAGCAUUGAAAUCCAGUCAAGAGUACAAGUUUUGGCUAUUGACGUAUAUGAGAUAUCUAGUGCAAGAAGGUGUUGAAGCAAAAAUUCGUGAGGUUUGUGAUGAACUACUUGGUCCAGUGUACAAAAGCAAGACUGCUUCGUCAUGGGAAUCUCAUACUUUGGGCCUGGGCAAGCGUCAUUUGUUACAAGAAAUUUUGCCAAUAGUUGGUUCUAAUUUGCGCUUCCAAAGACUGUUCACAGAAUAUAAAGAGCAACUGGACACGGCAAAACUUUAACUUAAAGAUAAUAUUGUCUAAA